AUGCAAAUGGAAUAUGAGAUAUUUGAAAAAAGCGGAAGUUCAGAAGAGUUAGAAGAAGAUACAUAUGUUAAAAAUUCGUCACAAUUAUCGCAUUUUAUGCAUGCGAAUGAAUUUUUUGAAGCUUUAAAUAAUUUAUUAAAACCCGUAUCAUCUAAAGAGGAUCCUUCCGUAGAAGAAGACAUUGAACAUGAAAGAAUCUUAAGAAAAGCUAUUUCUUUCAUUGAACCAUUUCAAGAACAACCAUAUCUACUUGAUCCACAUUUAGAGGCCAUGAAUGUAGUUCUCUCAAAAAAUAUUUCAUAUACUGACAAUAAAAAUGGAGAAUUUAUUAUAAUUCCAAAUAAGAUACAAAGAUUUUUUAGGCUUAUGUAUUAUAUUAUGAAAAUACGUGGAUUUAAAACCAUUGUUUCAGAUUUAGAACCGACAUUUUAUUUUUUGGUAGCAUUAGAUCCAAAAAGUUACGAAACUUGGGAAACUAGAUACGUUUUACUAAUUUGGUUAUCCCUUAUAUGUAUUAUACCUUUUGAUCUAAAAACAGUUGAUAGUAGAGUAAGUGGUGAUGAAAGUAAUAAGUUUCCUUUGGUAGAUCAUAUGAUUGAUUUAUCAAAAUUUUAUUUGAAAGCUACUGGUAAAGAGAGAGAUGGUGCCGCUGUACUUUUAUCUAGAUUAUUGACAAGACGGGAUAUAGCUGAAGCAUAUUUAAAAGAUUAUGUCCAAUGGGCAGUAAUUGAAGUUAGAAAUGUUAAAGAUGUAUUUACGAUUACUGGUAUUCUCACUUCACUUUGUGCAAUUUAUAAGUUAGGCCAAAGACAAACUUUACUUCCUACACUUGAGCAAGCUUGGCCAUGUUUAUUUUUACUUGAAGAAAAUGAAACAUUUUCUAAUAAUGCUUUGGUCAGAAAAAUGUUGGUUAAAUUAGCUCAAAGAUUUGGAAUGUGUUAUUUAAAACCUAAAGUUGCCUCUUGGAGAUAUCAAAGAGGAAAUAGAACUCUUAAGGAUAAUUUAAAAGUAUCCAGUAACAAUACUACAGGAAUUAAUCCCUCUAAUAUCCAUCAAUCACUUAAAGAAGACGGGGAAGAGGAGGGGGAAAUACCAGAACAAAUUGAAGAAAUAAUUGAAAUUUUGUUAAAUGGUUUACGCAAUAAUCAUACUGUUGUUCGUUGGUCUGCCGCUAAGGGAAUUGGAAGAUUAUCAAUGAGACUACCUCAAGAGCUUAGUGACGAUGUGAUAGGUUCAUUAUUUGAAUUAUUUUCAGAGAAUACUUAUACUCGUAAUGGUGUCCUCGAAGUGUCUGCAGUAUCAGAUAAUACUUGGCAUGGAGUUUGUUUAGCUGUAGCUGAAUUGGCAAGAAGAGGAUUGUUAUUACCUGAAAGGUUAUCUGAAGUUAUUCCUUGGAUUAGCAAGGCGUUAAAAUUUGAUUUGAAACGUGGAGCACAUUCAAUUGGAGCACAUGUGAGAGAUGCAGCAUGCUAUGUAUGCUGGUCAUUUGCUCGUGCUUAUGCACCAGAAAUUUUAACACCUUAUGUUUCGGAGUUAGCAAAUAGUCUUGUGGUUGUCUCAGUAUUUGAUCGGGAAGUUAACGUUAGACGUGCAAGCAGUGCAGCUUUUCAAGAGAAUGUUGGUCGUCAGGGAAUUUUCCCUCAUGGUAUUGAUAUUGUUACCUCGGCCGAUUAUUUUACCGUAGGAAACAAGGUUAAUGCUUUUUUGGAAAUUAGUGUGAAAAUUGCAGAGUUUGAAGAGUACAGAUAUCAUUUAAUUGAUCAUCUCAGUACAAUAACAAUCUCAAAUUGGGACAAAACUAUGAGGGAGUUAGGAUCAAAAGCAUUACAUAACCUUACUCGACUUGAUCUUGAUUAUAUGAUAAACAAAGUCCUUCCUUCACUUAUACCACAAGCGUUAUCACCUGACAUGCAUACUAGACAUGGAGCAUUAUUAUCAAUAGGAGAAAUUUGUUUAGCGUGGUCAAAUAUUCAAGGAAAUCAUAAAGGUUGGAUUGAAGAAUACAACUCGUUGGUUUCGCAAAUAUCGAAUAUAAUUGGAUUAUUGCCAAAACACGUGUUUACAGAUUUCGGAUCAGAAAUUACAAUUCAAGCAGCAGCACAUUAUAUAGCAUGUUUAGCAAAAGGAGGAUGGCCAAUUAAUGAAGAUAUAUUGGAAAAAUGGAAAUUUGUUGUGUAUGAUCUACUAGGAAGAAAAGAUGAAUUUGGACAAGAAAUUGCUGCUAAUGCUAACGCAUAUGCAAGAAGGGGAUUUUCAUUAGCUUUGGGCGUAAUUAGAUUUAAUAAUAAAGAUGUUGAAAAUUAUUUAGAAAUUGUAAUAGAUGCUUUAAUAUUAUCCGCUACUAUACAGGAAACAAAAAUAUGGAACGAUGCGGAAACUAGAAGGAACUCAAUUUUAUCAUUGACAAAAAUUUUCAAGAAUUUGGGAGAGAGCUUUAAAACUGUUGGUAAUGAAAGAAUGUUUGAAAAAAUAAUUAAUGCGUAUUUCAUGGGACUUGAGGACUAUAAUACAGAUUCAAGAGGAGAUAUUGGAAGUUGGAUAAGAGAAGCUAGUAUGAUUGGAUUUUUCGAAAUUAUUCCACUUAUAAUUAAGUUAGAUUCAAUUUCAACAAAUAAACAAUGGUGGAAGACUGAAUUAAAUGCAAGAAUAUUUAAUAAUAUAUUAAAACAAAGUGUUGAGAGAAUUGAUAGAGUAAGGUCUUGUGCUGGUAGAAUUUUAUUGGAGCUUUUGUAUAUGAAGAAAGAAGAAGGAGAUUGUUGGGUUAUUGAAAUACCGGGAAGAGAUGUAUUACAAAAAGUUUUGCCAAAAGAUGAAGAAAUACAUUGGAUAAGUCCAUCAGAAUUAUAUCCUAGAAUGGUGAAAUUAUUGGUUAUACCUGAAUAUAGAUUUGAUUUACUUACAGGAUUGGUCCUUUCAGCUGGAGGAAUUUCUGAAUCCUUAGUUCGAUAUUCGAGUAGUAAAUUACUUGAAUAUGCAAGUACAUUACCAAUCGAUUCUUCUACUGUAUCUUCAUCGGAAUUAAAUGUAUCAUUAACGGAAUUUGCAAAAUCAUUACUGGACAUAGCACAACAUUUUCAGAAACAAGAUAGAAUAAUAAUACCAUUAUUUGAAGUGAUUGAUUUAUUAUUUGAGGCUUGCACACUACAAAAGAUCACUAAUGAAAAGCAAUUUUUGGAUUUAUUUGAAUGUGUGAAGAAAGAGGUUACUAAAUGUAAAGAUAUUAGAAAAUUGACUGCUUGUAUGAAAGUAUUUUGCGGAAUGAUUUCAUUGAGCGGCACAGUGCGAAAUAAAGCAUUGUAUCAAUUACUUAGUUUAUUAGUUCACCCAUUUCCAAAGAUUCGAAGAAGUACAGCAGAACAAUUAUAUUUAACACUUACUGGAUCUGUUGAAGAAGAAACCGAAGAGUCUUUGGAAAUUGAAGAAAUAUUAACAAAUACGGAUUGUUGUUCACUCUCAAUAUCAUAG